GCCCGCCAUGGACGCCGUCGUGCGCUUCGCCGACCAGACCCGGGGCCGCGACCGGCUCUUCAGAGCCAUUCAGUACACAUGCAUGUUGCUUAGGUAUUUGUUAGAGCCUAAGGCUGGCAAAGAGAAGGUGGUCACGAAGCUCAAGAACCUGGAGUCCAGUGCAAGCACUGGCCGUAAAUGGUUCAGACUAGGCAACGUGGUGCACGCCGUGCAGGCCACCCAGCAGGGUCUCCAAGCCGCAGAGCUGGUGCCCCGCCUCUGCCUUACCCUCGCCAGCCUGAACCGCGUUGUCUACUUUGUCUGCGACACUGUCCUCUGGGCCACGAGCGUGGGGCUGGCCUCCGGCGUCGAGAAGGACAAGUGGCGCAUGCGUGCCGCCCGCCACUACUGCCUCUCCCUGCUGCUGAGCCUGGCCAGGGACCUGUACGAGAUCUUGCUGCAGAUGGAGCAGGUCACCCGGGACAGGGCGAGGAAGGGGACGCAGGCGUCGCAGGAGCCCCCUGCGUGCAGCGUGGCUGAGGAGGAGACCGAGUGGCUGCAGUCCCUCCUCCUGCUCCUGUUCCGUGCUCUGAGGAGGCACCCGCCCCUGUUCCUGGACACGGUGAAGAAUGUCUGCGACCUCCUGAUCCCUCUGGACCAGCUGGGCAUCUACAGGUCCAACCCCGGCGUCAUUGGCCUGGGCGGGCUCGUGUCCUCUGUGGCCGGCAUGGUGGUCGUGGCCUAUCCGCACCUGAAGCUGAAGACCCGCUGAGUGGCCAGGCCGAGGACACCUGGCUGCUCUCAGAGGCCUCUGGGCUGGGGGACGUGGCGUCAGCACAGACCACUGAUGGCCGGACUUGUUCGUGAGAGUGUUCUGUGUGCAGAGGUGGGGCCGGGCCGGAGAAGGGGUGAAGGACUUGAGGGAGAGCGCUGGCAUGCUGCAGUGACUCCCCAUUUCAGUGUCCCGUUGAUCUGCCUUCUGCGGAGCACCUCGCAUGUGCGUCACUUAAAGCUUGAAAGAAGAAAUCGAAAAAGACCCAGUCACACCAACAGUGCACACUCAUCGACCUCCCCACGUCCCAGGCCCAGCCCCUCAGGUCCGGGAGGUCCCCGACUGUCACUCCCCAGCCCCCUCACCGACUAGGCAGCAGGAGGGAGGGGAGCAGACUUAGGCCUCACGGCCCGCCCCUUCGGCACAUCCACCUGGAGCGGUUGGCACAGGCGCGUGGUGCGAGGGUCUCUUCCUGAAGCGUGGCGAGCGCUGGGCAGAAGCAGGGGCUGGGGGGGACACUCUCGGGGAGGUAACGGCAGUACCUGGAGGGGCUGUGACCAGAGGACACCACCAGCGCUGGUCCUGCCCGCUGGCCUCUGCCUCUCCAGGUCAGCGCCCGCCCCGCCUGCCCAGCCCGGGGCCUUCAUUGCCAGCGGCUUCUGUCCUGCUCUCCACGCGUGCAACCACGCUGAGAUGUGCCAAGCAGAUUGUUGAUUUGAUGUCAUGUAACAGGCCUGCGCUUCAACAUUAAUUUUCAUCAAGAUUUAUGUAGCUGAGAAACUUCACGAAUACUCUGAAUGCAGGAGGGACGCGUUUUCUGAGAAAACAGACUUCAUAUUUGUGGGGCUCCUGGGGGAGGUGGGAAAAAGGGGGGCUGUGAAGGAGACAGAAUCCCGCGUGGAGGGCAUUUGCUCAGGUCCCUGUGUCCUGUCUUGGGUGCUGGUUCUUAUUUCUGAUGACAGAUCCCCUCGUGUGGGGGAGGGGAGGUGGAGGAAUGGGAAGCCACCGCGUGGAGGCCGUCAACCCUUCUGGGGGGUCAUUUCUUGGGAGAUGGGGAGAGGACUGUGCACUAAAUCAAGUUCCCAUAAAUGUAACUGAAAUUCUUAAACAGCCUGAGGUCCUUGGCUCUCAAUUUUUAAAGUGAUCCAUCAAAUUAGGGGAUCGGAGAAAACAUUUUAGAAAUUUUAGCAGAAAUGGAAGCUGCUAGAUCAGGGCAAGUGAAAACUACUACUUUUCCAUUGUCCAGAUCCUCUGCAGACAGAGAUGAUCUUGUCUAAUAAAUUUCUAGACAGAAUUGACUGUGUGUCGUGCAGUGUGUUUGGGAAUGGGGGGUGGGUCAAAGGCGGCAGUCCAGGUCAUCCCAGGCCGCCCCCAAAAUGCGCCCUGGCCCAGGCGACCAGCGAGGAGGGCGAGGUUGAGAGGCCCGAGGUGAUGGCAGGACUACCCGGGAGAGGCCUGCUGUA